UCAUCGGUCAAAUGCAUGGAAAGUAGCCUUGCGGUGUUUAGGAAGCUAUGUAGCUGUGGUAGUAAUAUUGUUGAAUCAUCGUUGAUAUGGAGAUGUGUUAAUAGAAUAGUGGGACUACUGAGCGACUCUAGUAUUUCAACGUAUGUUCAAUCGAUUAUACUGAGAAACUUGUUAGAAUGUAUGGACGAUUCACGAGUCGUUGAUAGACUACUUGGAUGGAUUAAUGGGGAUAAUGGUGCUAAUGAGGGUGAUGUAUUAUACCAUAAGCAUAUUGUAAAUAUUCUGUAUAUUCCUGAUCGUCCUACUCGAGUGUUGUAUUUAGUACAUGAUAUAGUGCGCAAAGUUGGUUCUUAUGAAGCCUGCGUCUGCAUAAAGAAGAUAGCUGAAGAUGAAGAUCGCGUCAAUUCAAAAUUUCAGAAGGGAAAAGUUAAACUGGAAAGACGUAAAUCAACUAAUUCGAUAAUGGAUGAAGAAGAAACACCGGAUACCACAGACAAUGUUCCAAUGAUGAUUGAUCAUGAGGGGGCUGAAAAUGACAGGGGAGAUGUUGACACGGUAACCGAUAUUUUAUGUGAAAAACUGAAGAUAAUAUAUAAAGCAGUGCUUUAUCAUACCGCUUUGAAGCCGAGAGAAGACAGUUCAGACCGCCCAUCCGCAUUCAGUUUCCAGUAUCUCACUGUCACGGGCUUAUUCUCAUCAAUAACAACUAUUAUAUCAUCCGAACGCAUUAAAUCGUCGCCUAAAUAUGAUGUAUUGAUCAGCUAUAUCGGGAGAUUUUGUGUGGCAUUGAUGGGAACUCACAGUGGAAUGGUUUAUUUGGCCAAACAAUUGCAAGAAGUGAUACAACCGCAUAAUGAGAGAAUGAUUACCGUAUGGGUGAAUCAACUACGUCAUCUAGGUGAAGAUUCACCUGCGCACUAUGAAGAUAGUUCGGAAGCAUCUAUCCCUAAUACACCAUCUACUACUAACGAGAGAUGGAACAAUAACCAGGAGAUAAGAGAUACCUUAGCGCGUCAGAUUCUCCGGAUGCAGAGUUGUGGAACAAUUGGAGCGGAUAAUGAUUGCUUAGACAGAUUAGAAACAUCGCCCGAACAUCUGGCCAUACUACUAAAGUACCAGAUGCAUGCCAUCGGGAUAGUAGAGCGACUAUUAUUAUAUACUAAACAUAUGUCAGAAGAUGGCAAUGAUGGACUAGACAAUGAAAAAAUUCUACUUCUAUUAAUGAAGCUACACGAGUUAACAGUUUGUAACGUUGGAAAACAGGCUGUUGCAUCAGCCAUUAUCAGUUUGGAUGCGCUACCAUCUUUAUUAUCGUUAAUCAAUAUAUCUCGUGAAGCGGAAUCAUCAAUUUCCGCGUCCACGGCAACAUUCUCAUCUGACAUAUCAUUGGAAUUAUUUGAAUUGGUCGUGAAGCACAGUGCGGCAUUUCCACUUAUCUUAAGUGCAGACAUAAACGAUUGUGUGAUAUCUACACUUGCAACGGAGAGUCAUUUACGUACCCUAUGGCUUCCAAUUGCUACGUUUCAUGAAUCAGGUAGCAUACAGAGUGUCGUGGAUAUAAUUAAACAUCAGAAGUAUUAUCCGGAAUGUCUUAGAGAUCGCAAUAUCGUCAACCAAGUCCUGAUAGGAUUGCGACUUCUUAUAUGUUACACAUACGUCGAUGGCGGGAUAUUGCAACUAUUGACAGCACGUACCGAUGACUUCAGCGGAUUAGAUAAUGGCGAUAGUCUAAUAGUAUUCCUAUUGAGAUUAACAAGACAGGCUGCUGAAGUGCUAUCAGACCUAAGUGAUAACGCUGUUUAUUCAGAUCAUCAUGCAUCACCAGACUCCACUCAGAAUAGUCUCAGUAAAGUGUAUAAUACAGAAGAAUCAAAAGCACAGGAGAUGAAAAUGUCUCUAGGUGAACAGAACAAGAGUGAAGCAGAUAAGCAAGACAAGCAAGAUAAGAAUGAACAGUGUUAUUGCGAAUUAAUGCCAGACGAUAUGCCUGCUGCAAACUUAUCUCUUAUGGAGAUUAUUGAUCUAAAGGCAGAUUUAUUGAACGUACUGUCGUGCAAUAUAUUGCUAAUAAGAAGACUAUUUCGAUAUGCGUAUGAAGAUCGAGAGGCAAAUGUAUCAAAAAGACAUUUUAAAAACAUAUUUGAAGAGAAUGAGACAAUUGAUGAUACUCUUCCGUCACAAAAAAGAUCCAUGUUGCUAGCAUUUAUUGAGUCUUUGUUAGAACUCACCUCAGCACUCGAUCGAUUGGAUGGACACAUUAAUGAGCAGUUAGGUGGGACAGCAAUACUACGUAUUUCGCAACCACCAAAAAGAAGUCAGAUGUCUCAGAUAGAGAGACUGCGUGAGCUUGUACUUAGUAUGUUUAGAUUAUUAUUGCAAAUGGUCAUAACAGAGCGACAAUCAAUUGGGCAAGGAACGUCAGUCUGUUCUCGGUAUAUGUCUGAAUAUGCUGGAAGACAUAUCAUCCAGCAUUUAAUUAAUUUCACGUUCGAUGCGCCUGAUAACUUUCUGAGUGGAUUAAUACUUAUGUGUGAUAUAUUGCCUAACCUGCGAGAAUUGUCUACAAAUGGAGAUCGCAGUCAUGAGAUGUCUGUGAAUUUGGCUUCCGAAUCGCGACGUACUAAUCUAAAUGAUUUUACUCCAAAUGAUGGCGAAACGGCUGAUUGGUUGAAUACUCUUGCAGUGAGAGAAUAUUGGACUAAACAAUUAUUGCCUUUGAGAGAUGAUAUAGUGAAUUUGGUUCGAUGUAUGGCUCCAUCUAGUUCCAAGAUCAUUCAUCUAAAACUCAGAACAAUUAGUUGUCAACUUGUCGAUUUAGACGUCAACGAUUCUGGUCUAGGAAGAGCAGUUAUUGAUGUUGUGGUCUGUGGCGUACGAGAAGCGGUAAUUACACUCAGAUCAUCUUUGGACAAGUUAGAGUCGAAACGUCAUAAUACAUCAAACGAUGAUGAUAACGAACUUGACAAUAUGGAGGAUGUAUCAAUUUCGAUGCCCGAAGUGGAAAAAGAUGAAUCUAUAUUCUGUCGAUGGCUUAGCCUUCUUAAUGCCAUAGUCAACGUUCCGUGUGGAAGACUGUGCAUGCUUGAUGUAUUGAAUAAUAAGCUAGAUGAUUCCAUGGAAGUAGAUGAUACUUUUAAGGAAGGAAAACCGAAUUCCGAUGAUAGUUUACUUAAUAUACUAUUUGACGUUGUCCGCAGCAAUAGUAUUUCCCAGGUAGUAUGCGAUCUUAUCAUGGAGUUUAUAUAUGAUAUAUGUGAUCAUACCUUGGCUAUGUAUCAUAGUAAUGUGCUUAGCGUUGAUGAGAUAUCAUACAUUUUAGAGAAUUUAUUGGAAUGGGUGAUGCAAGACAAUGGACAUCUGCGGAUUCGUUCUCUACAAAUCUUGCAGAAGUUUACGGAGAUAGAAAUUGGUUUAUUGUUGAUUUUAUCGCACGAGAGUCAUCGACAGUCUGUCAGUAGUCUACUCACAUGGGUUCCUGGAUCAUUACGUUCUAAUGAUUUGAGGCUGGAAGACUUAAACAUUUGCCUUCAUUCCGUACUGUUUAUACAACGGAUAAUCGAUAAUGCCCCAGAUUUAGCUACUGAUGAUAUGACGGGUAGUGACACCAUUAAUGACACCAUUAAUGAUAGUGAUUGCAAUGUCGGAUGUUUAAUGUUAUUGCUGGAUUCAAUUGACGACAUAGAAACUCUCCUCAAGUCAUACGAGAAUAUUGAGCAACAUGUUCUUGAACUGCCAUAUGAGCCUCGUCAUUCAGAUGAAGUAUAUGAGAUAAACACUUGCCAGUCAGUUGCAUCAGUUCUUCGUCGAUUGAGAGAGAGUAUACAAGCAUAUUUACUCGAACUGAGGGAAUCUGGUAAUAAGCGUCAAUUACUCGAUAUAAUCGAAGUAUAUAAUUCCCACUUUGUCCAAAUGAUCGAAUCCAAUAAGAAAGAAUCCAGCGACGUAGGUGAUGGUGUCAGAUAUAGAUCGAAUGCACUGCGUAGAACCAUGUUUUAUGACGUGGCUGAUGACCCGGAGAACAAGGGCGGCGACGGAGGUAUAUUCGGCCCAUCAGAUAUCGAAAUAGACUUUGAAGCAUACGCUAAGGAAAUGUUACCUAAUUUCCACUAUCACAAGGGAAUGAGGAUGUCAGAAGGCAAUGCUAAUAAGGGUGACAAAUUAUUGAGAACGCGUGGCACUGUCAGUAAACUAGGUGGAGUUGCGUAUGAAAGUAAUGCUCGCCGAAAUUUGGGUGGCGGCAAGACAUACCAAAAGAAUGAAUUUAGAAGUAUUCACAAUAAUAGAAAGGCAAAUACUAGUCGCCCUCCAUCAGUUCACGUGGAUGAUUUCAUCUCUGGUAAGAUCCCAGCCAACCAGCAACAUCCAGAUAUGCUAACUGGAAAUGUAACGACAUCAACGCCUACGUCAGCAGCAUCUAUUCAACAGAAGAAAGUCACUCCGGCGACUCGAAUACAAACUUUGAAACGAGGCGGAAUUAUCUCAUCUUCUGCUCAGCCGGCACAGACAAGCGUCAGCAUCAGAGGAGGAAGAGGAAGGCGUCUUAGUACUAGUUCAGCGCCUACAGCCCGGGGUGCAUCACGCGGUGCCAGUAAUGCUGGACGUGGCGGUGGUGUGGUUGGCAGAGGCGGUAAUACUGGCGCAACUAUAGUACCAUGGGAUAUGGGAAGCGGAGCGUGGGCCGCAGGAGGACCACCAACUAUUGCCCCUAUACUAAUGCCCCCUCCUAUGCCCCGAUAUAUGGAUGUUGAUAGGAGGAUGGAGGGAAGGGAAUACCCUCGUUAUGACAACCAGAGUAUGCGCACGGGAUACUAUGAUAAUCAGUAUUAUGGCAUGCCAAUGGCUCCGUAUGAACGUCCUCCAGUGCAGGCAUCACAACCCGGAAUGGCUCCUCGCAUUAAAGCAGGCAAUGAUACGAGAGGACGGAGCAUCCCAGAAUGGCCGCCGCGUUCUAUGCCAUCGCAACCAGCACGUCGACCUGAGCGUCCGUUUAUCAGAAGAGGAUAA